AUGCUUUCCUUUAUCCCAGUAUUAUGUUUAUUGAUCAUUGUUAAUGGUGAAAGCACAGUGACAGACAGUGAAAGUACAAGUGCAUCUUUCAAUUCCCUCGAUGUUGAAUUUCUUACCAAAUUUGUCAGUGAUGUUAAAGAUAAUUAUAAUCAAUAUGCUAAAUUUAUCGUUACUACUGACAUCAACAUUCCUAAACAAUUUAGUUCUUUGGCAAGAGAAGUAAUUACUUAUACUGAUGAUUCAUAUACUACCCUUCUAGAGGAUCCCGAUUUCGAUGUAAAUGAAAUAGAAAGGUUUGCUACCAAUUUUGAGUGGUACAGUAGUAGAUUAGAGGUUAGUGGUUUAGAUCCAAAAACUAAAAAUACUGCUAAAGCUAUGUAUAUCCCAAUUGGGUUAUCAAUAUUUGCAGGUGUAAUUGGUUUAUUAUGA